GUAACUCGGAACUCGUUACUCCGGGCUGCCUAUCUAUCGUUCUCGAUAAUGCAUGGUGAUGUCAAGUCUGAAGACGUUCCAAAACUUGCGUACAUACGUGGGUGAUCACGUAGGCGCGCUGUUUUUUCCAUCGCGAGAUUUAUAACGAUCGUCGAGUAUAUUUAAACACUUGUCUAGCGGUGCAAGUUGAUUUCGAUAGUCUACCGCAAAUGUGUGACUUCGUCCUGAUAUAUGAUAUGAUAACUGUAAAAAAAAAAGAAGAAAGAUAACCUGUCCCCGUCAAGGCAAACGUUGCUGUAAAUAAAGCCCCUUUUUUAUUUCUAUUCUUGUAAUAGACGGCGGAUUUAAAUUAAUUCACGUGUCUGCGGUAUUUCUCUUAUUUCUUCCUCUGGGAGUCUCGUCACCGUCACGAGGCUCCACACGCGGUACAUACGUUGGAUCACGCGCAAAAAAUGAUCUUUCGACCGAUAACUGCGAUAACAUCUCACUAUUGAUUUACGAACUCGUUAAACGACAAACAGCGAUAACGCGAGUCGUCUGUGCACUCUACUUGCGAUUAGACACUGCUCAGAAAUAAUCAUUGUUGCAAGCAUCACGUUUCAGAAAAUAACGUUUAUUUUAAUAAUUAGAGUUGAUUGCUCUCGAGAAAAUUCAAGUAUAAGCGAAGGAGAGACUAAAAACUGUGCGAUAUGACACCAAAGAUAGUCGUUGUCGGUUCGUGCAUGAUUGACUUUACCAGUUUCUCUUCACGGUUGCCGAAACCUGGCGAGACGAUAAUCGGGACUAGAUUUGAAAAGAAAUACGGUGGUAAAGGCGCCAAUCAGUGUGUAACAGCUGCUAAACUUGGUGGAUCUACGGCACUUAUUGCUUCAUUAGGUUCCGACAUAUUUGCUCAAGAAUAUUUAGAGAUUUUAAGAAAGGAAAAUGUAGACGCAUCUCGCGUGAAGAUACAAAGUGAUAAGCAGAGCGGUAUUGCUCACAUUACCGUUGCUGAAAAUGGUGAGAACAGCAUCGUAAUCGUGUUAGGUGCAAACGAAUCGUUGACUCCGGAAUUUGUGGAUUCCACCGUCGACGUGAUCCAAAGCGCGAGCAUUUUAUUAUGCCAGUUUGAGGUGCCGCUGGAAGCUACGCUGCAUGCGUUGAAGUUACAUCGGGGCCACGGACUUUCUAUUGUCAACGGAGCGCCCGCACUGGAAAAUCCUGAUCCGGAAAUUCUUAGAUUAUGUGACAUUUUUUGCGUCAAUGAGACGGAGGCGGAAAUUAUGACGGGCAUUCAACCUGUAGACCUGUCGAAUAUACAACAAGUAGUGGACAAGUUCCUAGCUAAAGGAUGCAACGCAAUCAUUCUUACACUCGGACCUCUCGGAGCUGCAUACGCGUCGAAAAUGAACAGAAACAUCACGCGAAUUUCUACUACCGAAGUCCAUCCUGUAGAUACUACCGGUGCCGGGGAUGCAUUUUUGGGCGCGUUCGCAUAUUUCAAGGCAUAUCAUCCGCAGCUACCGAUGGACGAAUGCAUCAGGAGAGCUUGUACGGUCGCCACGUACUCCGUUCUUAAAUUCGGUACACACGCGAGCUUUCCAACGAGAAACGAUCUACCGGCAGAGUUAUUUAUAUAAACAAAAACGGAGUUAUUUCGAAGUGUGUUAUUUACAGAUUUGAUAUUUUAUCUCUUUCAUUUAUACAUCUGAUAUCUGUUUUGUGGAAUCUUUUUUUAAAUUGAAUAUUCGCAGAAUAAAAGUAAAUAUCGAAAAUUUUAUGUGUUGUACAAAGUGCGUAAACAUACGUCCCAUUUCCCAAAACCCAAAAAAACUUAAAAAUAAUACAGUCAGGCGUUAUAAUGCAAAUUAAUGCAGCAG